AGAUUAGAAUCAAGAGAAUUACCAACAUGUCGACCUACCGAUUGGACAAAUGAUGAGACAAUAGAUGAGUUGUAUUCAUAUUAUUUGAAGAAGCGUACACUUGCUAAUAUUAAUUGGCAGAAAAAAAGAGCAUGGUCGACAUUUUUCAGAGCUACGGGAUGUACUAAUAUUAUGCCAUUUGGAAUUGAUAAAUAUAAGGAAGCAAAAACAUUUGCACGCAUUAAUGGACCAGGUUGUUCAAUAAUUAAAAAACUAACAAUUCAUCAUACCCGAUUUUCUGAAGAAGCAAAAGAUCAAUUUGAAAAAUUUUUUUCAGAUAAAUCCAUUGUUAAUAUGAGUUCAUACAAAGUUGAUUUACAAACCAAACUACCAGUGCUUUAUUUGAAAGAUAAUAAAACAGCUUUAUGGAAAAAAUUUUUAGAAACAUAUCCAGAUGGUUAUAAGCAAAUAAUAUUUAUGACAGAAUUGGCACGAGGAUGUUUUCAAUAUCGUGAAGAUCUUGGUGGCCUAUGUUCUAUAUGUUGUCAAUAUGGAUAUAAUUCUAUUUUGAUUGAUAAGGUUGAAAAGGUUAGAAGACAUAUGAAGCGUGAUUAUGAAAAAGAAAUAUUAAUAAAUAUCAAUGGACAA